AACAAUGCCAUCAUUUACAAUCAUCUAUGCGCUACCAAAUCUGGUAAAAGCGAAAUGAACAGCAGCCCCACAUGGCUUGUAUUGUUCAGUUUCCCUCAACUGUUCAUACACAGAUGAAAGCUUGAACCAGAACCAUUGGAAAUAUUUGAAAAAUGGAAUCAACUUACCGGGCUAUUUUAAUUUUUUGGAUUUUCUCCGAGUCAUCCGCCAUUUUGCCGGACUGGACGACAGAGGUCUGUCGAUCAGGAAUGUGUUUUAAUGGGGAGUCCGACUGUCGGGAGUCAUGUACCAGAAUCUGUAGAGAGCAAGGGGGACGGGGGUUCUGCUACUUUGACAACUUCCUGUCACGUGUUUUCAUUUGUUGGUGCGGCUUUGACCUUCCAGAAACAUCCACAGUAGCAGCAGCUACGGCACCAAGUACAAUCAUAUCAACGCUGACACCAACUACCGGCAGUAUUGAAUUAAAAGAAGACUGCGGGACGACACAGUGUUACAGCGACAGGCAUUCGUGUGACAGCGCAUGCGCCAGCCACUGUCAACUGGAACUCUACUCUUGUGAUCAGAGGUGGCACGGUCGUUACAAAUGUCAGUGUAUUCAACAGGUUAUUGUGCAGCCUCUUCAUUGACAGUUCGCUCAUACUUGAUUUUGUAUUUUAUAUGGACGAUAUACAUUACUCAUAUUGCUCAUUCUUUUUUUCUUUUUUUUUACUGAAGUAUAAUAAACCCAUCAUGUUCAUAGUUA